UCAGGUCAUCUUUCUUCUUCUAAAGCUCUACAUAAUGGAUAAAGCUACAAGAGCUACUCAUCAUCCUGUAAUUAAGUUUGCCUUUAAAAAUGUUGAAUCUGUAGAGAAUGGUUCAUUGCAGGCUAAAUGUAAUUUUUGUAAAUUUGGUGGGGGAAUUGUAAAGUUUGGUACAAAAAGUUACAGUAAUUUGACUAAACACCUAAAGCGUCACCACUUGAGUGCGUAUAAUGCUUAUCUUGAAAAAACAAAAAAUUAUUCUUCAUUGGAUGCUAGAGAGAAAAGCAUGAUGAAAUCCUAUUCCCCACCUUCUCACCCAAUUGGCACAACACAAUCCAUUUUAUCUCUUAGCACAACACAGAAAGUCACAUCAGUUCCAUGCAGCACCUCUUCACUCCCAAUGGGCACAACACAAUACAUUUUGUCUCCUAUCACAACACAGAAAGUCACAUCAGUUCAAUGCAGCACCUCUUUACUCCUAAUGGGCACGACACAAUCCAUUUUGUCUCCUAGCACAACACAGAAAGUCACAUCAGUUCAAUGCAGCACCUCAUCACUCCCAAUGGGCACAACACAAUUAAUUUUGUCUCCUAGCACGACACAGGAAGGCACAUCAGAUCCAUGCAACACCUCUUCACUCCCAAUGGGUACAACACAAUUAAUUUUGUCUCCUAGCACGACACAGGAAGGCACAUCAGUUCCAUGCAGCACCUCUUUACUCCCAAUGGGCACGACACAAUCCAUUUUGUCUCCUAGCACGACACAGGAAGGCACAUCAGUUCCAUGCAACACCUCUUCACUCCCAAUGGGUACAACACAAUUAAUUUUGUCUCCUAGCACGACACAGGAAGGCACAUCAGAUCCAUGCAACACCUCUUCACACCCAAUGGACACAACACAAUCCAUUUUGUCUCCCAUCACAAUGCAGGAAGUCACAUCAGUUCCAUGCAACACCUCUUCACUUUCAAUGGGCACAACACAAUCCAUUUUGUCUCCUAGCACAACACAGAAACUCACAUCAGUUCCAAGUAACACCUCUUCACUCCCAAUAGGUACAACACAAUUCAUUUUGUCUCCCAUCACAAUGCAGGAAGUCACAUCAGUUCCAUGCAACACCAACAAUUCCAACACAAUUUCCUACAUAACAGAAGCACCACUUCCAUUGAAAAUUGACACCAAUGAAGAAAAUGCGCAUUCAACUGCAUCUAUAUCACUUUCCAACAUUUCACAGCAGCCUGCCAAAUCCAGUCAUUCAUCGUCCCCAAUGAUGAGGAAAAUUCAACCAGUCAUGAUGUACAAACUGCUAUGCACAUCAUGUCUUUCUCUUUCAAAUGCAGAAAACUUUUACAAAAAUUCGCUGGAGGUUGCACUUGCUGAGUGCACACACAAAAUCAAUGAUUGUUGCUGCAAAAGGAAGUAUGAGGAACUCCUUGGAAGAACAACUGAGGACAAAUCAGACAUUUCCAAAGGAAAUGACGACACCUUUGAUGGUUCUCCUUUCUUAUGCCAAUAUAACUAUGGAAAAGAUCAAAUUAUUCACUUUUGUAAAGUGUGCUUAAGACGUGGAUGUCCUAGCAAAGGUAAACGUAAAAUUGGAGAAUCUUGGACUGAGGGAAUCACUUUUACUAGUACCCAGAUGAAAAAUAAAGCCAUGAAAGUGCACUUGCAAAGUCAACAACACAAAGAAGCUCUGGAAUUUAGUAAAUGUGAUGAUAAAAAUCAACAAAAAUUAGGAUUCCCAACUAGAGAAGAACGGGAAAGUGCAACAAGAAAUGCUAUGAUUGCUGGAAUCUUCAUGACAUCUCAUUUAUUACCAUUCAGAUUGUAUACUGCAUUGUGUGCUUUUCUGUCCCUUAUCUGCCCAUCACACUUGAGCAAUCCCUUGGGCAACCAACAUCAAACGCUUAUGGGUAUCCACCAGGUGCUCGCAGCAAAUUAUGAAGCCUGUUUAACCACCAUGAAGAAAUUCUUUAACAACACUUUUGCAGCAACAAAUAGCAAAAGAAAAAUUACUAUCAGCUGUGAUAAGGGGACUGCUCCAAAGGAUGUAUCACGACAGGCCAUUGUUGCAACCUAUGUUAGCGAAGAUGGAAUGCCCAAAGAAAUGGUUUUAGGGAUUCCAAUGAUCAGACAAGGAGAUGCAAUGGCUACUACUAAGCAUGUUAAAGAAAAUGUUUCUUUAUUUCUUGAUCCCUCAUCUGUUGCCUUUGUGUGUACAAAUAGUGCAGCUGUAUACACAGGAAAGAAAACUGGUAUGAUUGAGAUGCUAAAGACAUCAAAUGAAUUUAAAAGUUUGAAUGGCCUCCCUGACUUCUGCCAUGAAAUGGAAAAUUUAUUGCAGAAGUCCAUGCCCAAAUGGGUUUCAGAUACAUUAUC